AUGGCCGAAAAACAGCUUGGAGAUAACGAGACCAUGCCUAAGCGGUUUCCAAUCACUGAGAUCAUUUUAUCCAUCAUUGGAAAAAGCAAAAUGCAGCUGAUUUUCUUUCUCAUCUUUUUGCUGUUUUUCCCAUUUCUUGCUCCGUUCUUAAAGGAUUUCGAUGCAGUCGUGCAGAUGAGAAUUGCUCAGAACCCGAAUUACAACUGGCCACAAUACGAGGAUUUAUGGCUAGCUUGUUAUACCUGUGUGAUCCUUAUAUGCAUCCUCUUUUCGAUGAAAUUUUUAUUGAAAUCUUUUUCUGAACGAAUUAUUGCUCCUAAAUACACAGGAAAAGAAAGGAUUGUAAGAAGUGAAAAACUAAUUGAAUCUUUAUUUAAGACGCUUUAUUUUACUUUUGCUUUUGUAUUUGGCUAUUGGGUUGCUAACUCCCCCCCCCCCCCCUCCGUGAGCGAACAAAACCAUUAGAAAAAUCGCUAUUUUUUGACCAAAAACCCACCCUCCGUGAGUGAACAAAAAUUUUUUUUAAUAGAAAAAAUUUUAAUGGAAAAAAAAUUUUGAUAUAUAAGUGAUAAUUAGUAUAAUGAAAUCUAGAGCUAAUUCUGUUUAAUUUUAAACAAAUUGCGUUUUAAAACAUAAAUUUUGCAAAUUAAAUUAAUAUUUGCUUCCCAAUUUUUGCAAAUUAGGAUUUUUUUUUAAAUUUCGAAAAAAAUAUUUUUUUUAUAAAAUUUAUAUAUAAAUUUUUUUUUAAAAAAAAAAAUUAACCCCCCUCCGUGAGCGAACAAAAUUUUUUUGUUCGCUCACGGAGGGGGGGGGGAGUAAGGACUCUUAUUGGCUUUCACCUUCACUUGGUGGGCAUGGGAGUGUUGAUGAAAUGUGGAGAGAUUUUCCAUUCCAAAGCUAUGAAACUUUUCCUUACAUCAGGCAGUACAUUUUGAUACAGCUCGGGUAUCAUGCCCAAUCAUUUAUAGUUCAUAUUUUCAGCAAGCCGAGAAAUGAUUUUAUGGAAAUGCUUUUGCAUCAUUCGAUGACUGUAUGGUUGGUAACAUCAGCAUAUAUGAUGAACUGUGUUGUUGUAUCGCAUCUCGUCCUAUAUACUCAUGACUUAUCUGACCUCUUUGUAUGUUUGACAAGAACUCUGAUGGAUACGAGGCAUAAAUAUAUUACUUUUGUGACAUAUAUAGGCAUUAUGAUUACAUGGGCUUAUAUGAGACUUUACAUUUUCCCAUUUGACUUAAUGAGAGUAGGAAGCUACUACGGCAACCCAGUUGCCCAUGAAGUUUAUGGCUUAGGAAUUUUGUCAGCAAUGGUCCACGUUUUGCUUGUGCUGCAUAUCUAUUGGUAUAUUCUCCUCAUAAAAAUGGGUUUUAAGUUCAUCAAGUCCGGAGAUCCAGUUGAUACUCAAAGGAAGCUUAAUGAAGAAGCUAAAUAA